AUGACCGCACUCCACAUCGCAGCCAAAGAAGGCCAGACCAAAGCGCUGCACAAUCUCAUACUGUUGGAAGCUCCCGAAGAUGCCCAGGAUCGGGAUGGCGAUAUGCCGUUACACCUCGCAGCAUGCGCGGGGCACGUUGAUGCGGUUGACUUGCUUCUCCAAUCAGAUCUGGAUAUUGACAUCAGAGGCAGUGACAGCGACACCGCACUGAUGCAGGCCACCGGAAAUGCCGAGGCGCAAACAGUGGAACGAUUAAUACAGUUGGGUGCCGAUGUUGACAUACCCAACGAUGUAUGUGUGUACGAUGCGAAAGUGUAG